AUGCAUCCUUCCCUUUAUCUUUCCCAGAUACUUCUCAGCUACGUCCUCGGCGCAGCGGCCGUGCCCGCCCUUCAGUCUCGUGGCUGUGGCGGCCGUGAGUACCCUGGUCCGGUGAAUCCGGGGUUCGAGAGCGGCACACUCGACGGCUGGACGAUUGUCAGCGGCGACGCUUUUGGCUCGUCUUCUGUCACCAACACCUCUUCCUUCUGGGGUGGACCAUUUAGUCAAGAUGGCAAAUUCUUCUUGUGGGGCUAUGCCCAGAACGGCGACACCGCUGUUGGGCAACUCAAAUCCAGCUCGUUUCAAGCCAGCAACGUGCUGAGCUUCCUCAUUGGUGGCGGUUACGAUCCAGACAAUGUCUACGUGGCCCUUGUACGCGACAGCGACGGCCACAUUCUCCUGAAACAGACACCACAGAAUGACGAGGCGCUCAUCCGCAUUACGUGGGACACCAGUGCAUGGGCCGGCCAGGCUGUCCACCUCCUUGUCGUUGACAACAGUACCGCCGCAUUUGGCCACAUCAACUUUGAUGAUGUGCGCACUGGCUGUGCGGCACUUGGCGACAACCACCUGACGUUCAACGUUCUCGGCCAGGCCAACCAACCGGCCGCUGGCAGCGCAGAGGCAUGCUCGCUCUAUGCUGCGGACCCCUUGCGUCCCCAAUUUCAUUACACACCGUACCAAGGCUGGAUCAACGACCCGUCUGGUCUGAUACAGUGGAAUGGCAAGCACCACCUCUUCAGUCAGUACAAUCCGGCGGCGCCACUCUGGGGUCCCAUGCACUGGUCCCACGCGCAAAGCACCGAUGCCGUCCAUUGGCGCGAGCUACCCGUUGCCCUGCAGCCGCCGUAUCCCAACAAUCCCCAGGACACGUCUGGUCGCUACACAGGCAGCGCGGUUCGCGACAAUUCCACGGGGGACUUGCGACUCAUUUUCACGGAUUUCACAAACACUGCUCUCCACCCGGGUGCCGUGCAGGAGGUCGUCUCCACCGCAGCAAGCUCGCAAGGCACAACAUUCACACUCGAUUCAAACAACCCCGUCAUCGCCAAGCCCCCUGCGAACUCAGAGAGUGGUUUUCGCGAUCCAAAGGUAUUCUGGGACACAAUCGACAAUGUUUGGAAACUGGUUAUCGGCUCCGGUGACAGCGUCACCGGCAAAGUGCACCUGUACCGUUCGACGGAUCUCGUGGACUGGACCUAUGUAGGCGUCCUGUUCUCGGGGGACGGCAGCACAGGCAACAUGUGGGAGUGUCCCAACUUUUUCCCGGUCGGCGACAAGUGGGUCCUAUUCUACGGCGGCCGCAGCCUGGGCUGGUACCACGUUGGCACGUACAACGGUACGGUGUUUGUCAGCGAGUCGAGCGGCAUUGUUGACGCCGGGCCGGACAGCUAUGCUAUGCAGUGGUACAAGGACGAGGCGGGCCGAAACCUAGCCAUCACAUGGAUGGGCAAUUGGGACACAGACAAGUGGCCAAGCCGCAUCAAUGGCUGGGCUGGACAGCAGUCCAUCACCCGCGAACUGUUUAUCCGUUCCAACGGUGGCCUCGGCAGCAAGCCAGUUUCGGAGGUGGCGAGCCUGGCAUCUGGCAAGGCUCAGAACCUAGGUCCCAAGACGAUCAAAAGCCAAGCUACGAGCUUGGGCAGUGAGCAAGCCGCCCGACUACAGCUGCAAGUGGACAUGAAAUCGACGACUGCGUCAUCUUUUAGCCUUUCUCUUUUCAGCUCUGCGGCGGAAUCUGUCUUGCUCACCUACUUUCCCGGCAACCACACGCUGAUUCUGGACACCACCAAUGCUGGAUACGGCCAGGCAGGGACGUGGUGGGCCAUCAUUGAUGGUGCAUCUGAGACACUGGAUCUCGACCUGUUCAUUGACCGCUCUAGUUUGGAAAUCUUUGCCGCGGAUGGUACAGUAUUCACAGCAACUGUUUGGCCUCGUUACCAGGAAUCCAGGGGCAUUGAACUGCAGGCCAAUAGUGGAAGUGCCGUGUUCAAGGGUAUUACGCUCACGCCACUCGGAUCAAGCUGGUGUUAA